GGCGGCCUCGGCGACCGAGAAAACAUGGCUGAGUUUACGCGGCUGCAGAACUGCCUGGCGCUGAUCCGCCUACGAAACCCGCCUGUCAACGCGCUCAGUGAGACUGUUCUCCGUGGAAUAAAAGAGGGUCUGCAGAAAGCUCUAACAGACCAUACAGUAAAAGCCAUUGUUAUUUGUGGAGCAGAUGGCAUCUUCUCUGCAGGUGCUGAUAUCCGUGGCUUCAGUGCUGAUAAGACCUUUGACUUGACAUUGGGAAGUGUAGUAGAUGAAGUACAGAGAAACAAGAAGCCUGUGGUGGCAGCUAUCCAAAGGGUGGCUUUAGGAGGGGGACUGGAGCUGGCCCUGGGCUGUCACUAUAGGAUUGCCCAUGCAGAGGCUCAAGUUGGCUUCCCAGAGGUCACACUAGGAAUCCUUCCUGGUGCAAGAGGAACCCAGCUUCUCCCCAGACUUAUUGGAGUUCCUGCUGCACUUGACUUAAUUACCUCAGGAAGACAUAUUUCGGCAAAUGAAGCUCUUAAGCUGGGUAUUCUAGAUAAAAUUGUGAACUCGGAUCCGGUUGAAGAAGCAAUCAAAUUUGCCCAGAGAGUUUCAGAUCAAUCUCUAGAAUCCCGUAGAAUCUACAACAAGCCGAUCCAGAGCUUGUCCAACAUGGACACCAUUUUCAGUGAAGCCCUUCGGAAGAUGCGGAAGCAGCACCCUGGGUGCCUUUCUCAGGAGACUUCCAUCCGUGCAGUCCAGGCCGCUGUCCAGUAUCCCUAUGAGGUGGGCAUCAAGAAGGAAAAGGAGCUGUAUGUGUACCUUCAGAGAUCAGGGCAGGCUAGAGCCCUGCAAUAUUGUUUCUUGGCGGAGAGGACCACAAAUAAGUGGUCCACUCCCUCUGGAGCAUCCUGGAAAACAGCACUGGCACGGCCCAUCUCUUCUGUUGGCAUUCUCGGCUUGGGAACAAUGGGCCGAGGCAUUGCCUUAUCUUUUGCAAUGGCCAAAAUCCCUGUGAUUGCUGUAGAAUCAGACAAGAAGCAGCUAGAGACUGCAAACAAGAUAAUAACCUCCAUCUUAGAAAAGGAAGUGUCCAAAAUGCAGCAGAGUGGCCACUCUUGGUCAGGACCAAAACCAAGGUUAACUACAUCUAUAAAAGAGCUUAGUGGUGUAGAUUUAGUUAUUGAAGCAGUAUUUGAGGAAAGGAACCUGAAGAAACAGGUCUUUGCUGAACUGUCAGCCGUGUGCAAGCCAGAAGCAUUUCUGUGCACCAACACUUCAGCCCUGGACAUUGAUGAGAUUGCUUCUUCCAGUGAUCGUCCUCACUUGGUCAUUGGCACCCACUUCUUCUCACCAGCUCACGUCAUGAAGUUGUUAGAGGUUAUUCCCAGCCGAUACUCUUCCCCCACUACCAUUGCCACUAUUAUGAAUUUAUCAAAAAAGAUUAACAAAAUUGGAGUAGUGGUAGGCAAUUGUUUUGGAUUUGUUGGGAAUCGAAUGUUGAAGCCUUAUUAUAAUCAGACAUAUUUCUUAUUGGAAGAAGGCAGUAAACCAGAGGAGAUAGAUCAGGUGCUGGAAGAGUUUGGUUUCAAAAUGGGACCUUUUAGAGUGUCUGAUCUUGCUGGGUUGGAUGUAGGUUGGAAAUCCCGAAAAGGGCAAGGUCUUACUGGACCUACAUUGCCUCCAGGAACUCCCUCCCGAAAGCGAGGCAGCUGGAGAUAUUGCCCAAUUCCUGAUAUGCUCUGUGAAUCAGGACGAUUUGGCCAGAAGACAGGUGAGGGUUGGUACCUUUAUGAUAAGCCGUUGGGUAGGAUUCACAAACCUAAUCCCUGGCUUUCCAAAUUUCUGACACAGUACAGAGAAACCUAUCACAUUGAACCACGUAUCAUUAGCCGGGAUGAGAUCCUCGAGCGCUGCUUAUAUUCACUCAUCAAUGAAGCAUUCCGCAUCUUGGGAGAAGGGAUGGCGGCUACCCCAGAGCACAUUGAUGUGGUCUAUUUACACGGGUAUGGAUGGCCAAGGCACAGGGGUGGGCCCAUGUUCUAUGCUUCCACAGUUGGGUUGCCCACAGUGGUAGAGAAGUUGCAGAAAUAUCACAGGCAGAAUCCUGAUAUUCCCCAACUGGAGCCUUGUGACUAUCUGAAAAAACUGGCUUCCCAGGGAAACCCUCCUCUGAAAGAGUGGCAAAGCUUGGCAGGACCCCCCAGCAGUAAAUUGUGAUUCAGCUUUUCAGGUUUUGCCUCACAUGCUGGCAUCAGGUAGUGCUCACUGAAUUUCAGUGAAACUAAAUCCAAAGAUCCAAAGUAAGAUUGCUCUGAAAUGCAAAGCAAAAGAAGUAAUUGGCCAGCUAAAACUCUUCUUUGGGUCUUCUGUCUGAUGAAGAUUCUAAUGGGUCAGAUCUUUAGGAAUGUGCUUUCUAUGCCUGGGAAUCUGUCCCUAUCAGAUAAAUUAUUUCAAUCUCAGUGAAUAAACUUAUGUUAACAC